CCUGGUUCAUUGCUUGCAGCCACAACACCAGAAAUGCUGCUCCUCCUGCUGUUCCUCCCGCUUGUUCUGGCUGCAGACACCUCGCUACGGAUUUUACAUCGUGUCUACCACCCUAAAGUACCUGGAAUACCCUUCACAGAGCGCGGUAGCCUGCUCCUGUCUCGUUCUGGACCGUUCCCUCAAGUCAGUCUCGUGCCCUCUGAGAUGCUUUCCACAGAUCUCCUAGAGUUUGCACAAACGCUGCACGAUGCCGACGCCUACGGCGACAGUGCCCUUUACCAGGUGGCACUAGAGCACGAGGGCGACAAAGACCAGAGCCAAUGGGACGUUUCCUCGGUUAAGGCGUGUCAUCUGCAGCAGAGCUUUUCGGAGUCCAUAACACUUCAUGUUUCGUCUGGCGGCACGCCGUAUGCUAUCGAUUACUUCGUGGGUCCUAUACCCCAUAACGGUGCAUGUCCGAAGCAUCGUCCGGUGUCAAAGACUAGUCCGGAGACUUUGGCUAUCAAACCUAUUACCAAUACAACUGUAUUGUUAAGUUCUCCACGGUCACCUCCCCAGCCGCAGCUGCGUGCCCCACCACCUUUGACAACGGAGGGAAAAGUUGUUGAACCUGUACCUGAAAAGAACUUCCUCCAGAAAUACUGGAUCUAUAUCCUCGUGGCCGUGCUUGCACUCUUACUGUCACCUGCACCGCCGGAGGAGGAGGCUGGAGGCAACGCACGUCCAGGCGGCCGAUGAUAUCCGAGUCCGAUCCAGGAGCUGGGUCGUGCUCUAAACUCUAUGUAUCAUAUUUUGUUAUCCAAUACGGACCGUGUUGUGCCCCGAGCUGCCUGGCCCGCUCGUAUCACCUCAGUCAGCUCCCAGAAAUAUUCUCGCUAC